AUGACUCCAUCAGAAAUCCAUGAAGAUAUGGUGAGAACCUUAACAGACAAUGCUCCUUCAUAUGCAACAGUCAAACGCUGGAUAAAGGAAUUCCAGCGUGACGGGGAGAGUGUGAAAGAUGAUCCCACACCAGGGAGGCCUCCAACUACAACCACCAACUACAACAUUGACUUUACUCUUGGUAUGGUAAUGCAAGAUCGUCAAAUAUCAUGUCGCCAGAUAACUGAGAAACUGGGCAUCUCAAAUGAAAGAGCAGACAACAUUGUAACAAAAGAACUUGGGUUCUCAAAGGUUUCUGCAAGGUGGGUCCUUUGCCUUUUGACUUCUGAACAGAAACGCACCAGGUGCACUUUGUCCACGAGCAAUCUGGAACUGUUUGAAGCCGAUGAAAAGAAUUUUCUUGCUCGUUUUAUUAUUAUGGACGAAAGUUGGGUUCAUCACUACCAGCCUGAAACCAAAGGACAAUCAAAGCAGUGGAAGCAUACAUCUCCUACCCCAAAGAAGGCCAGGUCAUUCCUUCAGCUAGCAAGGUCAUGGCGUCAGUAUUUUUGGAUUCUCAAGCUGUAUUGCUGA